GUUCGUUUACUAUAACCUUAUAUCGGGCUUUCUUUCUUUCAUCCGCUUGUGCCUCUUCCCAUUCAACGACCACGCCUCUAUAACCACGAAUUCUCACCCACCACCACCACCUCGCUUGCUUUCAUUAUUCAUUGCCGGCCAGUUUUCCUUUCAGCUUUGCUGGUUCAUUCCAUCCUCGCUCUCCCAAGCCGCCCCUGGCUCUGUUAAAUAAAUGUCUUACGAUCGAGUUCUCCCCAAGCCUCCUCUUUUACACUAUGAGAGCUCUCGUCACGGCGCCCUGCCCCGGUCAACUAGUAGCCUCCUCGAGCACAAAAUAAUGAAUGACGACGUCGCGAAAGUGUCCAUGAUGGACCGCCAUCUGGACGCAGCGCCUUUUGGGGGUCAUCGUCGGUUCACCGAUACACUGCCCCCGGUUCAUCUCACAUCCCUGAACCGGACCAAGAUGGCUCUGAAUAAGAUUGCCUCCAAUGCAGCCUCUGCUAUCGAAGCUCCCAAGUCGACAAGCCUCUUGACCACCAAGUCUAUCCCCCUUCGCGAGCGUUCAUCCUUGUCAGAGCGUUCUUCAUCGUCCAGUCCAGUUAAAACGUCGAAUGCUCCUACCCCAAGAGAAUCGGCAACUCAGUUCUGUCUCUGUCAACCAGACCCUAAAAUUCCUAGACCGCGAAAUGCCUUCAUCUUGUACCGCCAACAUUACCAAGCCGCAGUAGUCGCGCAGAACCCAGGUCUUGCCAAUCCCGAGAUCUCCAAGAUCAUUGGGGAACAAUGGAGGGGGCUUCCACAAGAAACGAAGGAUGAAUGGAAGGCGCUUGCAGAGGAGGAGAAAGCUCGACAUCAGCAACAAUACCCGGAGUACCGGUAUCAACCUCGUCGCUACGGUCGGGAUGGAAAUCUCCGGAAUGGGGCCUCUGGCAUUAGCCAUAACCCUCCAGGCUCCACGGUCUGCAGUCGGUGUGGCGGACGUGUUAUGAACCCCCCGGUAUCCCCCGACACUCCGUAUACUCCUCGUGUGUCCUUUUUCGGUGGAAAAUCAGCACCUGGCGAGGUUUACACAGCACGCAGUGCUCAAUGUCGAGCCAAGGAUAUUGAUCGCAUCCACAACGUCAUCAAGCUCAUUCCUGGUGGAAACGGAGAGCCACGCCUGCCUCGCCAGCGGUUCGUCGAAAACAGAAGUCGAUCCCCGGAUAGUAAACGCCGGCGGUUGGGCGUCCCCUACGACAUCCGCGAAAGGAGCCCGGAUUCUUCGUAUCCUGUGUCUCCCUACACGCCACGCUCAGCCGUUGCAGACUCCCGAGGUCUGUACCAACCAUUACAGCAUUCGCGGCCGGCCCGGAAUGUCAAGGAUUACACCUCGCCUGAUCCCAGCCUGAAACUUCCACCACUGCAAACAGCUGCCCAUGCUCCCGCAGGAACUCUCACACCAACGACUCCAUACCCACAUGAUGGAUCCAGUAUCGAAGCCACAGUGAUGACGAUCCCAUUUCUCAACAAGAUCAAGGUCCUUGCUAAAAUCUCGCCCCCCUUGUCUCCCACAUACCAUGAUGGAUCCUCGCCGCGACGUGGGGCCGUGAUUGCUGUAGAUGGACAAGAUCCUGCCCUUGUGAAAACGAUGGUCGACUUCCUAAACAACAUCUUACAGAAGGAGGGCAGAUAUCACACCCGUAUUUUUGGGGGACCAGAGAUACGGUCGCGUGAAAGCUACGCCGACUCUGAGCAGAUGGGGGAUGCUACCGUUGACUACCUCAAUAUUAUCUCCUCAUGGCACCGCAUUUCCGACGAAAUAGUUGGUUUCGUCAAGCCUUCGCGUGCGUCGUCGGAGCCUCAGUCUGUUGACGAGGAAGCUACCCCGGGAGCAUCACCGAGGACCAUUAUCCCCAAGACUGCCGAAUUGCAAAUCAACUCGCCCGAACAGUCGAGCGAUAACAGCUCGGUUUCCACGGUCUCAACUGGGCUAAGCUUCAGUGCUGUGCCCGUCGCGCUCGUUCCUCGGUACCAACUGACGACCGCGGACGCUUUCGCUUGUUCUGUCCCAAUCGGGGAUUCAUAUGCACCUCUUGACCACUGGCAGUGGAUGGCAUCUCUCUGGCGUGCGUGUGUAGGGCCAGACAUCACCGUGUACAUUCGAGAAUGCGAGAAGGAAGAGUUGGAUCGUUUAGGAGGGAACCCCGUGGAGGUUCGUCUGAACGACGCGCGGACAAUUGUGGUACGAAGAGUGACGUCGUCUCCAAGUGAAAUAGAGGAGAAGUCUCUCAAAAGAGUUGGCUUUGAGAUUGAGGACUUCCUCACUCAAUGAGCCUGUAUAUUGCUUUUAAACAUUUCGUCUGUCACUCAUAUCUUUCACCUCGGUCUGAAUUUGGCAUUGUUCGCAGGACAUAUAUGGGGGGCUUACUCUUUUGCUUC